GGUGUUACAUUGAAUACAUCUUGCAGGACCUCAGGAGGCCAACUUGUGGAUUCUGAUACAACAAACCCAACUGAGGAAAUGUCCAACAUCUUUCCAGUGCUCCUUGCACUUCUUGGCUUCCUGUCCCCCGGGCCUGCUGGCUGCAGCAGGAUCCUGGUGGUGCCGGUGGACGGUAGCCACUGGAUCAACAUGGAGGUGAUCCUCAAGGAGCUGCACUCCCGAGGCCACCUCCUCACCGUGCUGCACUCCCCCCACAGCUGGUACAUUCCCACUAAUGCCUCCUUCUACACGUCCAUCACCAUGCCCAUGUUGGAGGACGGCACCAAAAAGAACUUCUACAAUAGGAUCCUUGUGGAUGUUAUCGAAUGCCGCAAGUCCACCAACUUCCUGAAGACGUUUUGCCAGCAGCGCAUUAUUACAAAAAUGCUGUCAGCAGGUCACGGUCUUCUCGCCGCGGCCGUCGGCAAGAUGUUGGAUGAUCUGGUUUUUGUAAAGAAGCUUCAGGAUGCCAAGUUUGAUCUCAUGUUGACUGACCCAGGCCUGACUGUGGGGGUGCUCCUGGGAAAAUACCUCAAAUUGCCAAUGGUCUUCAAUGUACGCUGGAUUAAUAAUGGAGAGAGCCACUUCGUUACGUCCCCUUCCCCAGUCUCCUUUGUCCCUGUGUCCGGAAGUGAACUACAUGACCAAAUGGAUUUUCAGGGAAGGCUGAAGAAUAUGCUGCAUUACCUUUAUAGUGUUAUUGAGUUGUACUUUUACAUAAACCCAAAGUACUCGGAUCUCUUCCAGAGGCACUUCCCACCUGGAACAGACUUGCUGUCUUUAGAACGUGCGGCAGAUAUCUGGCUGGUGAGGUCCAAUUUCGUCUUUGAAUUUCCUCGCCCAACAAUGCCUAACGUAGUCUACAUCGGCGGGUUUCAGUGCAAAAAAGCUCGGCCCCUUCCUACUGAUUUGGAGGCCUUCAUGCAGAGCUCCGGGGAACACGGGGUGGUGGUCAUGUCCUUGGGGACACUGGUCUCUGCUCUGCCUCGAGAGGUCACUGAAGCUAUCGCGGCUGCGUUUGCUCAGCUGCCUCAAAAGGUGAUCUGGAGGAUCAAGGGAGAAAAGCCUUCAUCUUUGGGGAACAACACUCUGUUGGUGGACUGGCUGCCUCAGAACGACCUUCUGGGCCACUCCAAAACACGGGCGUUUGUUGCCCACGGGGGCACCAAUGGCAUGUAUGAGGCCAUUUACCACGGGGUUCCGGUUGUAGGUCUGCCGCUGCUCUUUGACCAGUUUGAUAACGUCCUCCGGCUGAAGGUACGUGGGGCUGCCCGGGUGCUGGAGGCAGAAUCGCUCAACCAGGAAGACUUCCUUGAGGCUAUUAAAGACAUUCUGGAAACUCCGUCAUACCGCGACAACAUACGCAGACUCUCACGUCUCCACAACGACAACCUCAUGUCUCCAUUGGACGAGGCCAUCUUUUGGAUUGAGUACGUCCUCAGGCACCAAGGAGCGCCCCAUUUGCAGCCGGCAUCAUACAGCCUGGCCUGGUACUCCUACCUUUGCCUGGACGUGCUUCUUGUCUUGGCUGCUGUCAUCAUAGCCUUUAUAUGGACCUCCGUCUUCAUCUGUAAGACCUUUUGCUGCCGAAGGUUGAGGAGGAAGAUUAAAGCAGAAUAAUUAGUUGUGUCUAAUAAACCUGAGCACCCGUUUUUGUUUAUUGAUGUCAUUGUCAGUAGGCGCAAAUUGAGCAUUUUGCUAAACAUUUACUCUACAUUGGUACAGAAGACGGACAAGUCAAGGUCUUUGGUGUGUGUGGUGAGAGUGUUAGUGAGUCAUCAUGUUGGACUUUGUCGAUAACUCAGACUGGCUGCACUUUCAAGGGGGUGAUUGGAUAUGAAUGAAUGACUGGACACAAACAAGCUCUCCCUUUUACACCACGUGGUAAAAAACACUUCCUUAGAGCCAUUGUCUCCAUGCAGUUAUUCUUCCCACGAAACAAUUUCAAUUGUAUGUUCCUUUCCUGAGGUCCCUAAGCAAAGUUCAUAACAAUUACUAAAAGGUUAUGUUCACAGUCAAAGGCAAUUCGCUUUUUUUUUUUUAAUCCGGCUGAAAUAAACACACGCUGAGAAACAGCUCCGUACCUGCCUACUUUAUGGGUUCUAGAUAAACCUAUGGAUAACGGAGACACAUAUAAUAGUCUCCUUUUCAGGUGAGAGAGGACGCUAAAGGCAGUGCAUUUAAGGCACGGCCCCAAUAUAUUUGUCCGGGUGG